AUGGUGAAUGGGCCGAUGAAGCGUGGAGAAGAAGAAGAAGAAGAAGAAGAAGAAGAAGAAGAAGAAGAAGAAGAAGAAGAAGAAGAAGAAGAAGAAGAAGAAGAAGAAGAAGAAGAAGAAGAAGAAGAAGAAGAAGAAGAAAAGAAGAAGAAGAAGAAGAAGAAGAAGAAGAAGAAGAAGAAGAUGCCGAAGAAGUGGCAGGUGAUCGGUUGA